AUGUCGCAGCGAGCAGUCUUACGUUUCCUUUGUGUGGUGGGAGUCUUUCUCAAAGGUCAAACCGCUCUCAUCCAAUCACAGCCGACCGUGCUGGCAGCUCUCGGAGACAGCGCCUUCUUGAACUGUCGGCUGACGCAGUCUAAAGAUGUCGUGCAGGUCACGUGGCAGAAAAUCUCACCGGAGGGCGAGAAGGAUCUCGCCACUUCCAACAAAUACUUUGGUCAGAAAGUGAACCCUGAAUUUCGAGAAAGAGUGGAGUUUGAAGAUGUCGGACUGCACAGCAGCUCCAUAGUCAUCCGGAACCUGACGCACCGAGAUGAAGGAUGCUAUCUCUGUUUGUUUAACACCAACCCUGAUGGUGCUCUGACUGGGAGAACAUGCCUGCAGCUCUACGAGCUGCAUGCAGCCUCUCUGCACGUCAGAGAAUCAAACUCAGCCGAAGAGGUGGUUGUGUCCUGCUCGGCCACAGGUCGGCCUGCUCCCACGGUAACGCUGAUCGUCCCCCACUACAACACCACCAACACCACCAAGUCCACCAACACCAACGGCACGGUCACCGUCACCGCCACGGCCGCGGUGCCUCGUCUCCGCGUGGGCGACUGGCGGGUCGGAUGUGCAGUGCGAGUGCUCUCCGGUCGUGAAACGGUCAUGUACGCGGUGGUUCCUGAGGUCGAGCUGUCGCCUUCUGUUGGUGUUGAUGUGGAAUCUGGAUCUGAUAUCAGCUGGACCAUUGGGGUGCUGGUGCUCUGCUUUGUUGUUGUUGCUGCUGCUGCUGCUGCUGCUGCUGUUGUCUUUUAUAGACGUAAACAACACAACAGACAAAAUCCACAAAGCAAUACACCGGGCUUCCUCAACUCCACCCCUGUGUUACCGGGGGACUCCGAGAAAAACGAGAAAGACAGUAGUGUGCCCGGAACACCUUUAAUGAAUCCAGAAAACCAACCACGGUUUCGGAGGUCUCCUCCUGCAAAGAAUGAAAGCAGCUCGCCCCCAAAAUCAUCUGUGAAAAGACAACAACUUAGUUUUUAGUACCACACGAUUGAAGUGCCAAAAGAAAUGCUGCGGAAAAGUCCUGACAUCCUGAUAUAUUUGAUAGAGAACUUGUCUUUAUAGUAUCAGUUUAUGAAUAAUAAUUAGAGCAGAUCAAAAUAAUUUGUUUACAGUAGUUUUGUUUUUUAAAUAGUAGUUUUCUAAUAAUUCUCUGUAUUUUAUAGUUUGUAUUAUUUCUCUUUGUAUCAAAACAAUUUUGAUCAACAUCAAACUACGAGCAUUUUUACUGGAUUUAAAUAUUUAAUGUGUAUGAUUCUUGUGUUAAAUCAUCUAAUAGUCAAAUGUAUGGACUUUGAAUAUAAAUCAUGUUCAUCAUACUUUCUUCAAGGCACAUUUAACUAAAUAUUUGUAUAUUUAA